UUCCGCCUUUUGUUAGACAAACAGGAUGUGUCAGCGACUUCCGUACCGCCAAACAAACUUUGAUGCCAGUCCGGAUAUUACCACGUGGACUCGCAGAGCACGUAGCCUGGCCUAAUCUGGAUUCCACGGCCGCAGUUAAGAUAGUCGCUUGACUUGUGGCUGUUAGAGGCGAUCCUCGCGAGAACGGAAGUGCCUCUUUCGGACGGUUUCCUGUACUACAGAAACUCGUUUCUCGGAAACAGCGUUCGCAGAAAGUUGUCUAACCGUCUAACGUAUGGCCAGAGAAAUGAGUUCGCAAGGCCGUAGUAACGUAAUGGGGAGAUUACAGCUGAAUACGCCAGAGAGUUUUAUCAUGUUUAUGUAAAAGGAAUUGUAUCAAACAUUCAUCUAAGUAGAUUUGUCUUCAGACAAUAUUCACAAUUUUAUCAUACCGAAUUUUAGACCUCCACAGCUGUGGCGCCCUCUCUGAACGGUGGGAGAAUUUUCCCGAUGGAGGGAUCGCCUGCUUCUGAUGCAGCGGCGGCAGCUCUUUCAACGUAUUUAUCGUUACCAAUUUCUUCACUCUCUGGAUUACCGUACAUGCCUUUCUAUGCUAUGCCAGUGGCGGCCUCUGGUGCUCGUCUAAACCAAGGACUAAAUAUAGAAGAUGAUAAUGAACUACCUAUCGAUGUUCAAUCACUGUUACCAGAUGCACUUGGUGAAGAUCCUCGACAAUGGAACAGAGAAGAGUUAAGCCAGUGGUUAGAGUUUAUGACAGAACAACUGUCGUUACCAGGGGUGGAUCCAGAAAAUUUCCAUAUGAAUGGAAAAGCAGUGUGUUUAUUGACAAAAUCUGACUUCAUAGACAGAGCCCCAGGAGCUGGAGAUGUUCUGUAUAAUUGCUUUCAGUUACUGUUAAACAAGUUUUUAAAGACUGUUAGUCCAUCUGCCAGGUGUCCCCAGUUUAAUAAUAUCUCUACAGCUCUUCUGAGAAAACAGAAUGCCAAUGGCAAUGCAGCUUCAGGUUGUUUUCAAAGUGCCAGCUCCACAUCACCGUGGCCAAUCAUUAGUAGUGACUUUCAGAACAUGGGUCAUGUUGUCCACAACUCUAGUAACAACAUCUCAAACUUUGUGAGUGAUGUAAAUAAUCCUCUUGUGUUGAGUCCAUCCCAUGGAGGCAAUUCACAUAAAGAAUCUGCUCAAACAAUGCUUCCUAGUGCUGUUGUGUCUCAGAACGGCACAGAUUCAGAUAUGGGGACUUUAAGAACACCAUCGCCUACAAAGAAGGAAACUAAAGACACAGCAGGCAACAACCAUGCUGAAAAAGAACAGUCAUUAGACAAAAUAAACGUGCGGCUGCUGUGGUCAUUUCUUCAGGAGUUAUUAAAUGACCCAGAACAACGUUACCAUCACUGUAUAGCAUGGAAAGACAAAACAAAUGGAGUUUUUAAGAUUGUAGAUCCUCACCGUCUUGCUCGAUUGUGGGGAAUGCAAAAAAACCACUUGAACAUGAACUUUGAUAAGAUGUCUCGAGCUCUUCGAUACUAUUACAGAGUCAAAAUUCUGCAAAAAGAGCCUGGAGAGAGACACUGUUAUAGAUUUCUACGACCUGCCGGUGAACUCCGCCACUGUAAACAGAGGUCACUUCUAAUCAGAGAUACCACGAGUCCCACCAGUUCUCCUUCUAAUUCCAACGAUACAGGAACAGCACUAAAUAUGAGUAUCAAAGAAGAAUGCUCCAUGCCAUGUCAAGGAGAGUAACUAAAGUCCUUUUUGUAACAGUUUAGAAAACUGAGAGUAGAAAUGUAAUUUGUUUGUGGUGAAGUAAAAGUGCCUUUUUUCAUACCAUCACAUGUAACUUUUGUUUCAAGAGAAGUGUUCUAAAACUGACUAUUCCAGGCCAAUGAUAUUUAUUUCUGAAAAAAAUUGAAGCUUGGGUCUACUGUACAGGAAGAAUGAUGAAAAUAGAUUAGUUUGUACAACUUAGGGAACGUAUGUGUGUGUGUGUGGACUCUGCAUUCUCUGGUUGAUGAUCACCAACCAGUAGAUAGAGCUAGUUACUAUGGUAGUUUCAUUGUGUAGUUUUAAUUCGAUCUUCAAUGGAAAUAAUAAUCCUUUUAUAGAUGUUAAUCUAUGAUAUGUACGUGAAAGUAAUUCAAUAUGUACAUAGUGUAUCUUAACUGUACAGCUUUUAAAUAACUUCAUUUAAAAUAUAAUACAUUUUAAUGUUACAAUGUACUUUGCUCUAUAUAGCAAAAGCUGGAAAAAUGUCAGAAUGUGAAUUUUCACAUUAAGGUAUAUCAAUUUUGCAGGCUGUUUGAGUAUAUGGAAUUCAGUGUUGAACAUUUUGUAAUGGUUCUUUCAUUUCAGAAUUUAUAUGUAAGUAUUGUUUUCUUUUAACAAGAAAGUUAUGUUAAAAUUUAAAAAAAAAAGAUCACCCAAAGGCUUAAGUUCUUUGUAACAGUGGGUUUCUCUUCAUUGGGUGCAACAAUGUAAAAGUGACAUAUUUACUUGUAAUAUAAGUUUACAAAUCUGAAAGUUUAUUAACAAGUUGUGUCAGAUAUAAUUUCUAUGUAUGUGUAUAUUUUGUUUUUUUAUUAAGCAGAAUGUAAGUUUAUGAAAAACAUUAAUCAAAAGGUUUGGUAGCUCAGAGUGAUGAUUAUAAGCCAAAAAAACAGUUGUAAAGUGUGUACGUGAAAUGAUUAUGCUGAUUAACUUGUAUAAAGUAAAUUAUAAUAAUUUUUUAAAAGAAUAUUUGAAAAAUUAAUACAACUGAGGUACGUCAAAAAUUAUUUAAAAAAAGUUAAAGAAACAAAUUUGGUUUUUCUUGACCUUUUGAGUUUAAUAAAAUCAAAAUUAGAGUUCAUGCAAUAAAACUUCAAAUUUUUUAGAUAUUUAAAUAUGAAACUAAGUUUCACGUACAGUAUCUAACAGGUUGUGAUGUGAAUCUAGACACCUAUAAUCUGUGAUGACAUUUCUUAAACAACUACAAUCCUAUUAAUUGUAUUAAUAAGUCUUCAGAAGUUAUACACAAACAUAAGAAAAUUGAGGACAUUGAAAAGUAUAAUAAAACUUCAGCUUUAAUUGAACAUUAGGUCAGCUAUGAUUUGUAGAAUACCAAGUAUAAUAGACAGUAAAUAAAAAGUACGAUAUAAAUGGUUAGAAAUUAUCCAUUAAGUUGAACAUUUUAAUGCUUUUCUGUUAAACUUCAGUUGUUAUAAACAAAUCUUGAAAAAAAAAAAAGCGUUUUCUGGAAAAUUUUUUGUUGAAAGCAGCAAAAAUGUUUUUCAAACCAUCUACUUUUGUUUUUAUACAGUUGAUAGCUAUUUGUUGAUAAGGGCUCUAAAUGAACCCUUUUUUAAGCAAUGUUGUAUUACCUUAUUAUCUCUUUGAAAUCUGGUUUUAGCACUUGCCUACAGAUCAUGCACAAGGACGCUUGAUUUUUUUUUUUAUUUACUUUGAGACUUUGAUUUUCAAACCUUAGAUGAUAAGAUUGCAAAAUUACCUUUCCUACUGUAUAGCAUGAGACCUAAUGAAUAAGUUUAAUCUUUUCAUGGUUGUUGUUGUUGUUGCAAAAAUGUUAAAAAUAGUAUCAUCACAUGAUUGUUCUUUACUUUCAUAAUGGUUUCAAAGUGUUCUUAUGUUGUGAUUAGGCCAAAAAUAAGUGUCGGUUUUUCACUUAUAUAUAUAUAUGUAUGUGUUUCUACAAAAACAUACAAGAUUGUCAUGUAUUAUGAUUCUCUAAAGGCAGCUUGCCCUAAGAUUAUAUCUACUGUUUCUUGUUGAAUUUCAUCUUUUUUACAUUCUCUCAUGACUUAGAAAUUACAACACAUUACUAGAUACAACAAAAUGUCUAAUACUUCUCGUUUAUAGCAGCUGCAAGUUGUGCACUUAACUGAGCAGCUUAUUUCAUGUUUUUUAAUUGUUGCUUUUGUAUUUGAUCUUUCAUUAUACAAUUGAAUAAAAAUAUAAAAAGGGUUAAGAAUAUUAAUUUUAUUUAAUUUUUUCUAACUUAUAUCACAGUUGUGAUUCUCAGUUGAAUCAAAAUAUUGUCCAUUAAAAGUGAAAAUUAAUGAUGGAUUUUUAAUAUCUCAAACUUAAUCUUUUUGAUCAAGAAACUGAUUUUGAAUAAUAAUAAAAAAAUGUUAUUUUGAUUAUA